AUGGUCACGCCAAACUGCUGGAGGUGCCUCUUGCGGCCUUCCAUGGCCGUCCUCAAGGCCGCCCCCCGUCGCGUGGCCACGCCAGGCAUCCUCACCACCAUGCCGGGCGCCAUGACGGCGUCGGCAGCCUUCUCGGUCAGCGCAGCUGUUGCUGCUUCGGGUCCGAGUCCGGCCGCUCCAAAGCAGAGAAAGGGCAACGCGAGCCGCAAGAAGAAGACGUACAAGCCGACUGGCAAGUCGCCGCUGCCGGGCGAGAGAAAGGCCUUCCGCAAGCGCAUCCAGCUUAGCAACAACAACGCCCUGCGCGUCGAGGGCCUCCAGACGUUGACCAGGCAGGUCAUUGGCGACAGGAAGAGCAUCGGCUCGGUCUGCGCCCUCCCAGAGCCCAUCGUGGACCAGCUGAGGGCGGUAGAGGCCUUCAAGCACACCCAGACGUGGGGCCUGUUCCACGCGCCGCACACGCUCAUCAGGACAGAGACGGUUGAGCUCGCCGAGAGGAUACAAAAUGCUGCAGUGAAGAAGGAAAACCUUCGCUUGAUCAUCUCUGGUGACAAGGUCGUGGGCAAGAGUACAUUGUUGCUGCAGGCUAUGACCACCGCCUUUCUCAAUGACUGGAUUGUCAUCAACUUCCCUGAAGCCCAAGAACUUACCACAGCCUGCACAGAGUACGCCCCGCUACCCGGCACAACACCCCAGCAGUACAUGCAACCAGUUUACGCGUACAACAUUCUGCAGCAGAUGCGCAAGGCUAGCGGCCACAUCCUACAGACGAUGACGGUGCUGAACAAGCACCAGGACCUCUCCCUGGAGAUCAUCACGCACGCUUCUUCCCUCCUGGACCUUAUCGACUCCUGUAAGGAGACCGAAACCGCUUGGCCCGUGCUGCAGGCCCUCUGGACCGAGCUGCAAACCCCGUCCAAGGACCGCCGCCCCGUUAUGGUAGCGCUCGACGGCCUCGCCCACAUCAUGCGCACGAGUGACUACCGCUCCCCUGCCUUUGAGCUGAUCCACUCGCACGACCUGACCCUCGUUCGCUGGUUCGUCGACGGACUGUCCAACGGCAACGGCUUCAAGGGCUUCCCUGCUGGUGGCGCCUUCAUCGCCGCCGAGACCAAGGGCAACAACCCCAAGUCCUUUAGCGUCGAGCUCGCCAUUGCCCAGCGCGAGGCCAUUCAACGCGGCGAGGAGCCGCCCGCCAGGGACCCUUACUGCCGCCACUACGACGCACGCGUUGACGAGGCUCUCAAGGACGUGCCCGUCCUGCGCCUCGGCGGCAUGUCCAGGCUCGAGACGCGCUCGCUGAUGGAGUACUGGGCCGCCAGCGGCCUGCUGAGGGAUGCCGUUGACGAGAAAAAGGUCACCGACGUGUGGUCAAUCGGCGGCAACGGCAACGUAGGCGAGAUGGAGCGUGCUGCAUUGAUGAGCAUGAAGAUGUAA